AUGCAUUUCCUGAGGAACCACCACUGCUACGCCGCUGUCCCCACCAGCUCCAAGCUGCUGGUGUUCGACACCACACUGCAGAUGAAGAAGGCCUUCCUGGCGCUGGUGGCCAAUGGGGUGCGGGCCGCCCCCCUCUGGGACAGCAAGCAGCAGUGCUUUGUGGGGAUGCUGACCAUCACGGAUUUCAUCAACAUCCUGCACCGCUACUACCGGUCCCCGCUGGUGCAGAUCUAUGAGCUGGAAGAGCAUAAAAUUGAGACCUGGCGAGAGGUUUAUCUGCAAGGCUCCCUGAAGCCCCUGGUCUCCAUCUCCCCCGAUGACAGCCUCUUCGACGCCGUCUACCACCUGAUCAAGAACCGGAUCCACCGGCUGCCGGUGAUCGAGCCCGUGUCCGGGAACGUCCUGCACAUCCUGACGCACAAGCGCAUCCUCAAGUUCCUCCACAUCUUCGGGGCCAUGCUGCCCAAGCCGCGCUUCCUGCACAGAACCAUCCAGGAGCUGGGCGUGGGCACCUUCCGGGAUGUGGCCAAGGUGCUGGAGACAGCGCCCGUCUACAUGGCCCUGGAGAUCUUCGUGGACCGCCGGGUGUCGGCGCUGCCCGUCACAAAUGAAGCCGGGGAGGUCGUGGGCCUGUACUCCAGGUUCGACGUGAUCCACCUAGCUGCCCAGAAGACCUACAACAACCUGGACAUGAGCGUGCGGGAGGCGCUGAAGCGGCGAACGGUCUGCCUGGAGGGGGUGCUCACCUGCCACCCUCACGAGACCAUGGGCGACGUCAUCGACCGCAUCGCAAAGGAGCAGGUGCAUCGCCUGGUACUGGUGGACGAGAAGAAGUCGCUGCGGGGCAUCGUCUCCCUGUCCGACAUCCUGCAGGCCCUGGUGCUGUCGCCCGCAGGUAUCGAUGCUCUUAACUCUUAA